CGAGAAAGAAAGCAAAAGCCCAGGCUCAGUUGUAGAGCUUGGGAACCGUGUCUACAAAAAUGACAGCUAGAGCUUUCUGGCUUCUCUGUUUGAUCGUUGGAUCCUCCCCCGAAGCCCCAGUGGCGGAGAGAAAAGUCUGGCCAACCCACGACAGGAAGCCCGACCCCGGCAGAGACCAGAGCGUGGACGAGACGCUGGGGCCCGGGGUGCAGCCCGUUCCUGACGCCCCGCGGCGACCGCGCGCGGCCGAGACAGCCCCGCGCGCCUGGCCCGACUCGCGGCGCCGGAAGCCCCCGCCGCCCGCCGAGAACCGCGCCGGCUUCCGGGAGGCCGCGCGCGCGCCCGCCGGUUCUCCGAGCUCGCGCCCCGAGCAGGCCGAGAACCGCGCGUCGUCGCGGAGCGCGUCUGCGUCCGGCGGCUCCCCACGGCGUGCGCGCGCCCGGAACCUGCGCCUCUCGGCCUCGCGCGCCGCCGAAGACUCCGCCGGCCCCUCCCACCCGAACCGGCCGCGCGCCGCCGCACCGCCGUCCGGACCCGCGCCCGCGCCCGCGCCGCCGCGCCUUAGCUCGCCGGGGAGGGACGCGGAGCCGUGCGCGCGCGCCUGCAGGGCGGACCUGGACGAGCGCGAGUCCUACUGCGGGAGCGAAUUUGCGGUGAACGGAAUCGUGCAUGAUGUGGACGUGCUCGGCAGAGGGAUCCGGCUGGUGACUCUGCUGGUGGACCGCGACGGGCUGUACAAGAUGAGCCGCCUGUACAUCACUCCUGACGGGUUUUUCUUCCGCGUUCACAUACUGGCCCUAGACUCCUCCAAUUGCAAUAAGCCAUGUCCAGAAUUUAAACCUGGUAGCAGGUAUAUUGUGAUGGGCCACAUCUACCAUAAGAGACGGCAGCUCCCUACAGCUCUGCUCCGGGUCCUGAGAGGGCGCGUCCGACCAGGAGAUGGACUGCUUAGAAGCAGCAGCUAUGUGAAAAGAUUUAACAGAAAAAGGGAUGGUCAAGUUCAAGGUGCAAUUCACACUCAAUGCAUUUGAAAGUUACCAUCCUGGCAUUUCUGCAUCUGAGAUUUGGGAUUCAGCAACAAGACACAGAAGUUCUACCUUCAUGUAAUGGGGUGGUCCUUCAGAACAGGGCCACAGCUCCUUUAUGAACUACUUGUAUAGUUCCAACUCUAAUCUUGAAGCUGCCACUUUCUUAUUUACAAAUGCUUUUGAAAUGUUACGCUUCUGGGCUCAGUGGCAAAGCUGUUCAAGGGUAGUAUCAGAAGGUGAUUCAUGCAGCUCAGAUAACUGACCUGCCCUGUUAGCAGAUCACUGCUUCAUGUUCAGUUUAUUUUUAAUUUAAAUAUGUUAUCCAGUAGAAAUAGUUCACAAAAAAAAUUUCCUUGAAUUCAAAUAUACAAUUUUGAAUAGUUUAUAUAUCACAUAUCAAGCCAAAUUUUAUACUCAAAUCAUCACGUUUUAAUUCUGUACAUAACAGUAAACACACUAGUCAAAGAUUUAUGUAUGCAAUGUUAUUUAGAUCCAACACUAGGGUCAGAGCCCAGGAUGAGUAUUAAAAUUUCACAUUUAAAGAGUACUGAAGGGUUUAACUCGAGCAAAAUAUUCAAACAGGUAUUCCAAAUGUAUCGAAAUAUAAAAUAUAGUUUAUUUUCGUACCUCCCUGCUCCUGAUAACUUACGUUUUGUGCCAAACAGGUAGCUAUCCCAAUGCUAAGGUAUUCUGGGUGUAUUUGAUGUCAUUUUUCUAUUAAGACUUAAGUAUCAUGUGUGUGUUUGUGAAGCAGUAAAUCUUGCCUUGAAAUCAGA